UUUCGAUACAUCGCUUUUCUAUUAUUCGUAGGUUAAGAAACUGAUAACUUAAGAUUAACUUAUUAAAACAUGGUUUACAUUGCGUGAAAUAGAGAAAAUCGUACGUGAACAUUUUAAUUAUUAUCAUUUUAAAAAUAUGACAUUAGGAUGAAUUAAAUUCGUGUUUAUUGUGUAAAGAUAUAAUUCGAAACGAAGAAAGGUUAGAUUUGGUUACGGUUUACAAUGGCUGUAGAAUUCUUAGUGAACCGUCUGAAAGCCCUUGUUUUACUUCUUUUCGGUGUAUUUAGACGUGCUAUGUGUUGUUUACGACGUCGUAGAAGAUCUUCGUGCGAUUCGAUACCUCUUUCAGCAGUUGGCGUGGUACCAAACGCUUCAAACAAUUCAAAUACGGAAUUAGAAAAAUGGGAUCAUUGGGAAGAAAAUCCAGUCGUUGUUGUACCAGAUAAACCUGUUAAUAUGGUACAAUCUAAGAUUGAACAAUACAGGCAACAAGUGACCAAAUCCACAGAACCUCCCAUAGAAGAACAACAACCUAACUUUUUUGAGGAUAUGACACCAAAAAUUACAAGGCAAACAAAAAUUCUUAUCAAAGAUAAAAAAGUAGAAAAUACUUUUCGUAAUUCUACAAAAUUUGCAGUAGCUACUGAUCCAAUACCAACAAACGAACUUAAGGAAUGGGAAGAUAAUGCUGUCAGUUGGGAAGAAGAAACGAGCGAAGAAAUUGGUGAUCCUACAAAAGCCUUGAGAGAACAAAAGCGUAGAGAACGUGAGCAACGCUUAUUUGAACAGCAACAGAAAAGGCUAGAACGUAAUGCUAGGCCCCAACCAUUAGGAGCAAAAAUAAAUUCUUGAUGUGAAAUAACAUUCUUGUUUGAAUCAGCUUUUAUUUUUAUGACAUUUUUUAAAGGGAUGAUGUCUAUGUUCUUUAAUAUGCAGUUGAAAAACAAUUCCAUGUGUAUUGGAUAUCUUAUAAUAUUUCUGUUAUAUAUGAGAAACGAUUUUGAAACUAAAAUCUAACUACACAAAAAUUUAAAUAAAAAUUUAUAUAAGCACA